GUGCCCAGUCCUUCAUCCCUCUCUCUAUUCUCUCAAAAUGGAUUUCUCGAAGCGAUUGAUUCCAGCUGCUUUCAUUGUGAUGCUGUUGCUGGUGGCGACUGAGAUGGAGCCGAUGGCGGUGGAGGCGAGAACUUGCGAGUCGCAAAGCCACCGGUUCAAAGGGGCAUGCGUGAGGGACAGCAACUGCGCCGCUGUUUGCCAGAGAGGCUUCCAGGGCGGGCAUUGCCGGGGCUUUCGUCGCCGUUGCUUCUGCACCAAACAUUGCUAGAGUGCGCGCGCUCUGAACGUGCUUUUGAAUUGCAUCUUGUCGUAUCUCAGAUCUUUUGGAAUAAUCCGGUAUUGCAUCGGAAUGUCAUCGUGUGGCUGCGGAUGUAAUCUUCCUUUGGCUGUUUACUCUUUUUGUCAUGGUUGCUUCUGUUUGAGAGGGUGAAAUCUGUUUUAAGAGCCA